AUGAUCAAAGGAGGAAGUACAGGAAAAGUGAAAAUUUUGAGUAUGGUCUUGUGGGUGAGAAAAGUCAAACCCACACCAGUCAUGAUGAAUGCCAUUAAUCAGAGUUUGAAUACCCACAGAGCCAAAUAUCCCUUGAGAAGAGUGGAAAUGAAAACCUUUACCAUCCCCACAGGAACUCAGUCUAAGAUUACGGAUCAUCUGUUUCAAGGCCAGAUGCCUAAACGUCUCAUUUUAGGCUUUGUGGAGAAUGCGGCCUUUAACGGAGAUCAAACUAAAAAUCCCUUUCAUUUCCAAAACUUUGGAAUUAAGAAAGUAGAUGUCAGUAUCAACGGAGAGAGCAUUAGUAUUCGUUGUUUUGAGCCUAAUUUCAACGACAAUUUAUAUCUGAGAUCUUUUCUCAGUCUGUAUCAAGUCCUGGGAAAAUUAGGAGAAGAUUGGGCUCCGGACAUUACCCUAGAAGAGUAUAAAAGCGGCUACACUCUAUGGGGCUGGGAUUUCACUAAAGAUCAAGAGGCGCAAUCGGAUAAAUUCCACAUCAUAGAAACAGGAAAUCUGAGAGUAGAAGUGCAGUUUACCAACAAUACGGCUACCACCAUAAAUUGUGUGGUGUAUGCAGAAUCGAUAACCUAUUAG